UCAGAUGAACGACCACCGACUCCCGGCCAGCGGCUGGCUCAUCUGCUGAAGUGAAGGAUCCGUUUCUUCAAGGCUGCAGCAGAACUCCUUCCACGCAGCUCCAAGUGGACCGUUUACGGCCCGUGAUCAUCUUCUGCCUUUGCAGACGAUCUGUGUGAACUAAAGAGGGAGCGCCUCUAAACAUUUUAAUUAUCGUCACCAGUGACGUUUACGUUGUCAUAAUUGUGAUUGUGAACCUAAAAAAGGGAGAGACCAGAUUUUCUCCUCGGAGGACUAAGUGGCGCUUCUUCUCGUCUCUUUCCCCGCUGCUCAUCAAUUAAAAUCACUACCUGCCUUUUCGAAGCGAGCGUAGCGCGGCGCAGUACUAUUUUUGCAUGACCCAGUGCUUGCACGAGGAUCCGGGAUUGCUUUUCGACUUUCCAAGGAGAACCCUUAAGCUGUCAGCCAUCUUCUGACUGCCUGCCUGCCCGACGUGAGCAUUUGGGUGUGGAGGAGUGGUUUCAGAAUUAAACCUCUGGACACUCAAUGAAGAUGACUUAAGUUGGCAGGCCUGAAAGCCCCAUCCCCAGAAAGAGAGAACAAGCUUGGCAGGAGGACUAACACGCACCCAACACACACAAAUGUGGACGCCGUGGCGGCUUUGAGCCAUGCUGGUGUUGCUUCUUGUGGAGCCCUGGAGUACAGGCUAUCAUCAUCCCUAUCAUAAUUCACCCAAGCUGAGGAAGAUUCAACAGCCCCAAGGACAGAGGCUACACUUCUGAGCGAUUCAAAGGAGGCUGCGAAACUGUGCUAACACAGGGAGAUCCAAAGCAACAUCCUCAAUCACACGCACAGACACUCUAAUACUCCUCUCCACAAAUCCCCGAUACAGGAAAAAAACAAAGCUGCGGCGGACGUGAAAGGCACAGAGACUGAGCAGGAUCUGUGCACCAACAUGGCAGCUGAAAGUCUUGCUGAGCUUCGCGAUUGGCUCUUUCUCCUCCUCCUGGUCCUCACCUUAUUGGCUGAGGUGCUGGAGCUGGCGGCAGCUGCAAUCGCCAUGGAGACAGGCGAGGGAGAUGAUGGCAUUGUUUGUCCCUCCGUGUGCCGCUGUGAUGAGGGCUUUGUCUACUGCAACGACCGUGGCCUGAGCAUAAUCCCUCCACUGCCAUUAACGGCUGCCAUCCUCUACCUGCAGAGCAACCGGCUGAGCAACGCCGGACUGCCGCAGUCGCUGGAGCGCAGCACGUCUAUACGAGUGAUCUACCUAUACGCCAACCAGCUGGAUGAGUUUCCGAUACACCUCCCACCGUCCUUAAGAGAGCUCCAUUUGCAGGAUAAUAAUAUACGAACGUUACCCCGAUCCGCUUUGGCCAAGUUACCGUUACUAGAACGUUUACAUCUGGAUGAUAACUCAAUAUCGACAGUUAGCAUCCAGGAUCGAGCUUUUUCUGGGACUCCAAGGCUUCGACUGCUGUUUCUGUCUCGGAACCACCUGUCGAGUAUCCCCGCGGGCCUUCCGGCAUCGCUGGAAGAGCUGCGACUGGACGACAACAGGAUCAGCACCAUCCCAACGCACGCCUUCCGCGGUCUCUCCUCUCUGCGACGUCUGGUCCUGGAUGGAAAUCUGCUGGCCAACACACGCAUAGCAGACGACACCUUUUCUCGACUGUCCAACCUGACGGAAUUGUCACUGGUUAGGAACGCUCUGCAGUCUCCGCCAGUCAACCUGCCUUCAGCCCAUCUGGUACGACUACACUUACAAGACAACGGGAUGACCCACAUACCGAGGGCGACGUUGGACUGGGAUGGCACCUACAGAGGACUGGACCUGUCAGGAAACAACCUGACCAGUCUGCCUCGGGGAAUUCUGAGAGACACUGAAAGUCUGGAGCUGCUGCUGCUGCGAGGAAACCCCUGGUACUGUGGUUGCAACCUUCGCUGGCUUCAUUCCUGGCUGCAUGGACGUGGGUCAGCAGUCACAGUCAGAGGCCUCGUCUGUCAGGGGCCUGAGCCUGUACGGGGCCAGUCACUCAGAGAGUUAACAUCGUUGAUGGAGCAGUGCGAAGGCCCCCCAGCAGGUUCUGGUCCUGGAGAAGUGGUGAACCCAGUUGAAAACGAUGGCGGUGAAGAUGAUGUUGGAGAGAGUCAAGUAGUUCCUCAUGGGAGCACAACAACUGGCCCUCUGUUGGUCCCCACACAAGGUUCUCUCUUCAUUCUGCGGCCUAAGAAGCCUGGCCUCAUUAUGCCCCUGCCUCCAGGGAACGGUGGACAAGUAUCUAGAGAGGCCUUAGAGCUGACUGUUAAACCUCUGUCUCCGGACAGCGUCCUUGUGAGUUGGCUGUACCCACAGCCAGCACCCUCCUUCCGUUUGUCGUGGCUAAGAAUGGGAAGCAGCGCAGCUCUGGGCUCAAUGACAGAGACUUUGGUUCCAGGAGAGAGGAGGCAGUAUCUCCUUACCCAGCUCACUCCACGUUCCCGUUACCUCAUAUGCCUUCUGCCACUACGACAGGAGACUUCUUUUGGUGGGGUGUCCAGCAUGGGUUCUUCUCGAGCUGGCAGCAUGGACACAGACAGUAAAGACUCAACUCCAGCCUGUGCUCAGAUAGAGACUGGAGAUGUCAGCACUGGAGGGGAAGGUGGAGACAAAGAGGGACAGGACUCUGAGCUAACAGCUCUGCCACUAGCUGGAAUCAUUGGUGGUGCCACGGCAUUGGUGAGCUUGCUCUUAAUCUUUGCCAUCUUCUGCUGGUAUGGACAGAGAUCAGGUUACAUGUCUGGGGACUCAGGCUCAUACAGCAGAGGCCGGGGUGGGAAGCAUUAUGAUGACUAUGUAGAGUCAGGUACAAAGAAAGACACUUCCAUCCUAGAGAUCAGGGCCCCUCCAGCAGGGUUUCAGAUGACAGCUAUGGCCCAUCAGUCCCUGCAACCUAAGCUGGAGGACGUCACCUACAUCCACACGAUUUUCCCUUCCUCCUCCUCCUCUUCCUCCCAAGCGAACGGGACCUACCGGAGCAGCCAUGGAGCUGGCAGCCUCAACGGCACCAUACUCAGCCAAGCCAGCCACCAUCACGUCACUUAUGGUACCAACCGUGGCUACAGAGAGGGUGGCAUCCCUGACAUAGAUUACGCCUACACGUGAUAUGGCAGCUCACUCCUUGAGCUACCAGAGCCUUGUAGGCUGGUGGCAUUUUGCCCUUGGUUUCCAAAGUACCCUCUGUGCCUCUGAUGGUUCGAUUCUGAUUGGUUUGCUUAGUAGAUGAUGAUGAUGGGACAAUGUUAAUGAGCGGCAGAAGUAAGAGUCCCAAUAUACUCUACUGCUGUACCCUACAAAAUACAGUAGGCUCUUCUCUCAGCACUGCUUAUUGUUCUAAAUGGUUACGUUUCCUCUUUUGGGUAUCUCAGUGUCUUUCAAACAUACUGCUCUUCUCAGCUCAUAAUAAUACACGGUAAGUUAUUUGAGGUUGAUAUACUAGGAUUAGCUGAUUUAGCAGGAGAUAUAUUUAUAUGAGGAAAAGGCACUUGAUGUGUAUAGAGAUAGCACUCAUAUCUUCCUUCCAACUGUAAGCUCUGUGCUGUAUAGAUAAAACGGAUGACAGAAAGGAGAAAUCAAUGGUUGUUAUAACUCACAGAUGCCAAUGCAUCAUGGCUGACAUGAAAAGAUGUGUUCCUAGCUCCCUUCUUUUCCUUUAGUUUACCCCCCCCCCCUCCUCUUUUUUUAAUUUUUCCAUCUUUACGCCUCUUUUUUAGUUUUUCUCCUUUCUUUAUGGAGCUGAAGCUCUUUUCCUUUUAUUCUUCUCGUGUCUUUUGUGGUGCUGUGAGCAGAGGACGACUUUGUUCUUGCCAAGGGAGCUGACAGCAGUGACAACAGCCCUGACAGAGACGGGAGACACAAACCACAGCAUGGGUAGACUAAUGAGUGGGAAAGAGAGAGGGAAAGAGUGUGUGUUUGAGGUGAUGGAAAGAUGGGUGGAUGGAGGGGAAGAAAAUAAAGGACAACAAGGGGGAAAGGGGUGCUGUCUGGGGGAGUGCAGUAUCUCUGAGAGGUGGCUUGCUUAUGGCAGAGAGCGAGGAAGGAGAAGAAAGAAACAGGAGCUAAGUUAAAAAAAGGGCGUGUGACCAAUGAAGCGGCAGGAGGCAAAAAAAAAGAGGACAAAAGGAAAAGAAGAUUGAGGGGAAGAGGGCUGACAACUGGAAUAAUGUGACUUCUUCAUCUUAAAAAACGGAUGAAAUUUCCCCCGCAGCGUGACCACUGCUUCCAACAAAUACGAGUGAUAAAAGACCGCAUGAUUCUGUCAAAAACUUGACUGAACUCUGUUUGAUUUACAGAGCUAAGAACAUUUCAAUAUAUACAACAAUACAAGUUAGAGGCAAGACAAACAAAGAGGCUAAAUAAUCUCCAAGUAAAUGAAAACAUUUACGAGAACAGCAUUAACCCAGUUUUCAAUUCAGCUUGGUUUCAUUAAAUGGUCUUUCCAACAUUCAUGAAAGAAACUCAUCGUGCACCUUAUAGUAGUAACCCAUUUAUCUUUAAGAGAAAGCCAGAGCUUUUUAUUUGGAUAUAACUUGGAGCAGCAGAUAAUAUUUGUUGAGGAAAUUAUAAAGACUCAUCACUCAUGAUAUCUUAUAACUUGAGGUUGAUUAAAAACGUUUUUAUGCUGUUUUAUUGUGGUUCAGGAAAAAUAAAGAGGGGAAACAUACUAAUGAAACAAUAUCUAUUAUAUGAAAUGUGAUUUUGCAUUCUGAUAUUAAUAUGUUCUUCUACAGUCUGGUUACACAUAGAACCACAGUGUUGGGAUUAUCCAGCACUAUGAUUCAACAUUUUAAUUAAAAAAAAAUAGCACCCCUUUAAAUACCAAGUUUUCUGUCUAGAUGGCAAAACAGAGUUAGACUUUUUCCAAUUUGUUGGGUAUGUCACAAAAAAAGGAAAUAUGAUAUACCUAUUAGCACUGCAUGUUUGAAUUAAAACUGAAUUAAAACUGGAAAAAUAAACACAGAGGCUGCCUAAAGUCAGAAUUUAAAGAUGGAAAAACUGAGAUUUCUCACAAACACUGAUCUCAAAAAUCCAACAUGGCUGCCAUGUGCAGCUUAUGAUUAGGGGUCUAUUUGCACUUGAAGCUAUUUGUAUGUCAUAAAAUAAUUCACACACAUAAAUACAUGUAAAACCUGUAUUUGAACAUGAUGGGCAAAUUUUCUACAUAGCUAUAAGCAUGUACUGUUAAUGGUAAUUAGCAAUCACUGAGAACAAUUGAUAAAUCCUGCUGGUUUUCUGACUUGCAGCUAAAAUUUGGAUUGCUCAGACUUUAGAUGUAAAUUAAGUGCAGCAGGAGUACCUGCCAUCACUGCUUCAUAGCUCAUCUCCUUCCUAAAAAGCAAAAUGGUUUGACAUUCCCCCAGUGCUUAUACCUACAUUUUGCAUAUAAUAGUUACAACACAUGGAUAUGACACCUUUAGCCCUCUGGAAAUUUAACCCAAGGUUGAAUAUUUGUGGAGGUCCACAAUUUUCUUGCUUAUAUCUUAGCUAAUUUCUUUAGGUUUUCUAUGAUUCCACUCAAGGAAGCAGCAUGUUUGAGGUGUUGCCUUAAAAUACGCCCACAGGUCUGCCUCCAUUUAACUCAGGUGUUGUAAAUUAACUGAUCAGAAGUGUGCCAAGCAAAGAAAUCAUCGCUAUCUAACUUUCCCAAAAUCGGCAUAGCAAUCUUAGUGCAUGUAAACUUCUGCCUUUAAAAUUAAGUGAUAAAAAAAGCCAUUAUUGAGGCUUUUAGGAAAUACAAAUAACUUUGGUUAUUCCAACUAAACCUAAAGCAGGAAAACUGAGGGAAAAUGGUUGGGUGUCCUUGAAUACAGCACAUACAAAUGUCUGGUUUCAAAUGCCAAUUUCACAAUUUGAUCCCUUGAUUUUGGACCAAAUGAUAAAUCAGCUGAUAAAACUCCGUCGUGAAAGUGCAGCCUGAACAAAUUUUAAACCGUUCAUCCCACCGCAAAACACAAGCCGUUUUAAACUUGAAAUUCUUUCAAAGCUAAAGCACCGACAUCUGACCAUUUUUAAGCUAAAUUAUUCAAGACAGGCUGAUAAAGUGUUGAGAGCGAAACACAUUUGUUGACUCAGGAUGUCCAGUUUUAUGGCCUUAGCUCGGCAUAGACACGGGAUCCGUUAACAGCCCCGACCGCAUCACUGUGCAUCUCAACACGGCCACGGGAAAGCAGCCCCUGCUCUCUGACUGCCUCUCACCGACCCAAACCAACAGACCCAAACGCAGGAGCAACAUUGACGGAGAAUCCCUUUUAAACAACAGCCAGAUUUUCAGAUGACAGAGAAGGGAGGACAGAGCGGCGGUUAUUUAGAUAGAGCGUUUAAAGGUUGAAAACGCUUUCCUUCUUUCUUUUUGGUUGUACUCUGCUGAUUUUCCUUCCUGUGUUACUGUGUACUGAUGAUAAUCAAGGAGCUCUGGUGUGUAUUUUGGUUUUGGUCUUUUAUUUACUUUCUUUCUACCUGUAUUUGGGGAUUUUUUUUUCUUAAAUUCAGUUUUUUUUUUUUGUUGAAAAAAGCAGUAAAGCUACCAUUCAUUAUUUUUUUUAGAAAAUCUUUCCUUUAAAAAUCUCCUCAGAUGUGAUGAUGAAAACACUUAUGUAUAGACAAAACCGAGUGCAAAAUGCUGUUUCAUUUAUUGGUCUGUUGUCUUUUUUUCUACGCGGAUGAAUAAAGACUUGUGAGAGGAAAAA